GGACAGUAUCUUGUGAGAUGAGUGGAUGGUUCGCGAUAGUUUUUGUUUUGGUGACAUCGUUCCUUCUGGUGGCCGGAAACAAACCCAACAACUGCGGUGUCUAUGGUCAUUGUUCCACUGAUAAAACAGAUUCGAAGGAAAAUUUGAACAACUUUGGGGCAAACUCGAAUUUUGAGAGGAAAAGAAGUCAAGUUAAUCAAACCAAAAACUAUGUCAAGGAAGAAAUAUCUUCAAAGAGGGACGACACUUUCACAGAUGUGCUUAAAAACCUCUUAGCUAAGGUGGACAAGGCCAAAACUGCAAUCACAAACUUGAAUAGUGUACCUCAAAGAAACGCUUCUUCUACCGUAAAACCGGUAACGAACCCCGUCAACGUCUCCAAAACAACCGCAGCCCCCGGCACCAGCACUCCCCCAACUGUUCCAACUACGCUAAGCUCAAGUUCCACUUCCGGAAGUACAACCUCGUCCUCGGUCGGAAGUGAGGCCACUACGACUGCGGCACCCACCGUUACAAGCUCUCCAAGCCCUACCCCUACGACCCCGGCCGUGAAACCUACGGGCAACGCCUCGUGUAGUGGAGCUUUAGGGGCUUGUGCUGGUGGUGUGCCUGUGGUGAUACCCGGUAAAAAUAACAUCACUAUUGCUCCUGGGGUCGUUUUAACUCCAAAUGGUGAAAUUAUCUUAACUCCACACCUUCCGCUGUUGCCGGGGGCUGGUCAAACUCCAGGAAGUAAACCUUGUCCCGGGACCUUUCCCGCUUUAUUAGCCGGGUUAGCCGCAGCAACCGGUGCAGCCGGAGCAACCGGGUCAGUAGGAGCUACAGGAGGUGUUACCGCGGUGGCUAGACCAGGAGCUCCCCAAACGUCCUCCAUUGCUCAACAAAGUAAGUAAAAUUGUCAGAAGAUCGUCUUAUUUAAUCCUUAAACUAGGCGUGGUUGAGAGGUGAAACAGAGCUCAGUUGGGGUUUGUUACUUGAAUCAAGCCAAGUGAAGGAAGGCGGCUCCUUUAUUCGAACUAAGGGAAAGAAAAAUUAUUCAGUUUGAAGUUAGAUGUCUGAGAAAAAUCUGCUGCUUAACAAAUAUGACCCUAUUGUUUGAAAUUUUCAAGGACUGCCAGCUUUAGGGGAGGGUUAAUAAAAGACUCAAAACUAUUCCGAGUGGGAUGAUGGGUACUGACACCACAACGAUUAAGAGGUGUCAAUUCUGAUGUAAUACAGCAAAGCCAAAAUACCAUAAUAUGGGUUAAAAAUGUAAAGACAAAUAUAGUCUUAAAAGCUGAAGAAGCCAAAGGUACGAGGAAGGCAAGAAUGAGAAGCAACACAGAGACAGAUUGCAUUUAAAUAAUCUUGAAAACACCAACAAUUAAAAACUAAUUUGCAAAGUUGUCUUUUUUACAGGUCCAUGUGUCAAUAACUUCAAGAGUUGUCAGGAUUGGGCUGCUAAAGGAGAGUGCACUAAGAACUCACCGUUUAUGAUGGUAAACUGUCGACGUAGCUGCACCAACUGUGGUGAGAAAAUAACCAAUAAUGUGUGAGGUUUUUAUUGUGUAAAUUGAUUUUCGCGAAAAAUGUUGCAGACUUACAUAUUCUGUUUUAUGUUAUUCUUCACCUGAAUGAAAAUUUAUUUUCCAUGUCAUCUCUGACGUUUUAGUUGUUGUUUUUCUCAUGCAGCAAAGUGCGAAAACAGCCAACGGAAGUGCAUUGAUUGGUCAAAACAUGGAGAAUGCAGCAAGAACAGGCCAUAUAUGGAGCAAAAAUGCUGGCGAAGUUGCUCGAAAUGCGGUCAGUAAGAAAAAAAAAACCUCAACUGAGGAAAGAAAAAUCUGUUCUUGUUCCGGUUCUUAUCCCAUGCUUAAUGUUUUCUAGUCGACUCCCAUAGUCAGUUUUAAGUCUUUUUUUGUCACAGACAGAUAGAGAAACGCUAGCGUUGCCACGAAAUUCAAGAAAUGACAUAGCUCAGUAAAGUUUGAUAAUUCAAGGUUGGAAAAAUUCAGCCAAAAAACGUCGCCAUAUUGUAUAGCAGACUUGCAACGAGUGUUAGGGAAGAGACCCAGGGGGCAUAUGACCCAUUUUUGCAAAAAAGAACAGUUUGUAUAUUUAUUUAACCUGGCAUGCUUCAAUUUCAAAUGAGGCGUAAGCUUUAGGAGCCUUCUUAUCCAAAAAUAAUUUUCAAGGCUAUCGUGAUUUCCCCGUCUUUUAGCAGUUCAAUUACAAUGUAACUAACACUGACUUCAUUUUAUUCAAAAGCUCCUUGCGUAAACAAAUUUCCUCACAAAUGCAUCACAUGGGCUAAAGAUGGCAAAUGUUCAUCAAACAGAAACUUUAUGGAAAUGAUGUGCUGGAGAAGCUGCUCAAAUUGUGGUAAGAGGAAACUGGAUUGCUUGAACAACUGUCUACUGCAUCCAAUCAAUAAUUGGAAUAGAAAAUGAGAAGCUACUGAUCGCUCGCCUGACCCUUUGACUGAUCGGCAAAACGGACACCCCGGCAAAAUGUUUGCUUGAUACACUAAGUUUCUUGAAAUGCCAUGUUGUGACAAAGUAGAUCACUCUUUUUCUUCGCUAGAAUUGCAGUUCCUGGGUGGUUGAUACGCUUUAUUACAGAUCAUAGAGAUUGGGUUAAGGCCUUAGCGGUUAUUAUGCUGCAUUCCAGAGCAGGAUGCUUAAUCUCACAGCAACGUUGUUCCAUCGUGACAGAUAAGUUAGGUUCCGAAAAUUUCAAGGAACAUGGCAAACUGCCGGAGGUUACCUGAGAUGAAAGAGAUAAAAGAGAUGAGACGCAGCAUUAUAGCGUUAACUCGCUGAACUCGGGAUCAAACGGUUCAGGUACAAAGCCCUCGAAAUCCCUGUGCUCUUGAUUAGGACACUCAAAACUCCCCUCUUCACUCAGGACUGAAAAUUGUGUCGGCAAACUGUCAGGGAAACCUAGAGUACCUUACUAAGAGCUGGGCGCUAACCCUUCAAUGGAUCAUUUCUACUAGUUAGUCGAAUAGGUUUCCUACCUUUCUUCACAUUUCAAUUGUUUUCACAAUUCAGUUAAAUGCGAGAACAAGCGAGAUGGAUGUGUGGAUUGGGCUGCAGAUGGGCAAUGCACUAAGACUGCUCCUUUUAUGUUAGAAAACUGCUGGAAAAGCUGUUCAUUUUGUGGUGAGUUACAUUUUAUAGGUUUUGAUGAUAAUCAUUACUAUUAUAGCGAUUCACUCAACAUUAAGGCUCCUUUCUCAAAAGGAUGCCCCAAAUUUAAUCUCCUCUCUUGUUGUAACUCUACUCCUAAGAGAAAUAUCCAUUGAUGGAGUAAAGUCAGAAUGAAAGCUGAAGCUGGUGUUGAAAUUAUGCGGAAACCGUUAAUAGUGUUGAUAAAACUGUCACUAUGAUACUGCGAGUUAAAGACUGCAGUAACUGUCAUCAAAAUGGACGACAAUGUCUUUCAAGGGAAAAUUCGUUACAUUACAUUGAUAACAGCUUCCAGCGUAUACGAAAGAUUGUAAACAGCACUAAAACUAUCACAGUACUUGUUGAGAAGAAUAAGUAGAAGACUGUAGUGCCUUAGAAAUACUAGCUCAAAGAAUAUUAAUUACGAAAAAGAUUACCCGUUUCGUUUUAAGUUAUCGAAAAAGAGUGACACCAGGUCGCACACGUCAUGCGGCGCUAACAAUAACUUUUUUAGGCGCCAGGAUUGCAAAUUAUUACGUAAUUGUCUUUGUUCGGGGUUUGCUUAGUUUAGUUUUCGCGUCUUUGCAGAUUUGUUACCUUUGUUAAUUAGCCUUAUUUUGUAAGCCAAACUUUUCCCGAUCGGAAGAUGUAUUGGUAGCAGAGUGUUAGAGUGUCUCCCGAAGAAUCUCGAUACUAGUAUAUCUUUGGUGUUUCGUCCAACCAGCCCCAGUAUAUUUUGUUAUAUACUAAUAUUUCUUACAAUAUUAAUGUUUCUUAAUUUUUAUACUAAUCGUCAUUAUUAUUAGUAUUGCUGUCGUUAUUAAGGAAACUUAAAUCAUUUUGAUGAUUGUUAUGAUGCAUUUUAAUAAUCUAAUAAUUAAAAACCAUCGUGAGUACUUAAAAUAGUUCAGUACAUUUGUAUGAGUUUAGCUGAAACCUCAGGAAAACCAACUUAGGAGCACAGGAAUUGCAAAGAGGAAGUUGCUUGAGUCUUUUUCAUUUUUUUUUUAGGCUUCUAGUAGGCCCUCGUUAAUAGCGCUUCGGCACGAGCGUUUUUUCGCCCGCGUGAAAGGUUGAGGCUUUGAACGACGCGAUACGGCGAGAGAUCUCCAAGGGGUCUAUCACUAAUAUAGACCCCCAACAAACCUCUCCCCGACUCGUCUCAAAUCAUCCUGCGGACAGAUAAACGCGCGUUCUGCAGCGCUACGUUAUUUUGUUCGCUACAUUCCAUAAUGUUGAAGAUGACGGUGAUGAAGUUGAUAAUAAUGAUGAUCUUCAUUUUCAUCAUUAUCGUCAUCAUCAUCAUCAUCACCAUCAUUAUUUUAAUAAUUUAUUAGUCCAUUAUUAAUGUUGUUCCCUUACAGCUCCUUGUAUCGAUAAGCAUCCUACCAAUUGUCCACUCUGGGCUAAGGAUGGAGAGUGCAAGAAAAAUAGGAAAUUUAUGGAAGACAAUUGUUGGAAAAGUUGCUCAAACUGUAAGUGCUUUUGUUUCAUUGCUUGUGUAUCAAUAAUAAAAAUAAUCUUUCGAGGGUGAUGAGAAGAUUCUUCUUGAUCCGCUCUUGAUUUCGAUCUUGAUACUCAAAUGGCAUUCGAAUUUUUCCCCACAGGUUGCAAGGAUAAAAAAAAACACUGUUCAGAGUGGGCCAAAGCCAAAGAAUGCACAAAAAACCCUGAUUUUAUGAACGAAAACUGUGCUAAGAGUUGUAAAAAAUGCUGAGCAUAUAUAUUGCUACUUCACUCAGGCAAUGUUGGAAGAUCAGUGGGGAGCUCUUCUCGAAACACCAUCUUUUACAAACCAUUUUAACUUUAUUAUAACACAAAAUAUUCAACUUCUCGAGAAAUGAAUUGCAGUAGUCUCUUGACAAUUUUUUGUUUGACUCAAGGCCGUUUGACUCAUCGAUUUCAAGUCAACAAAGCUAUUCAGUAUACGUCUAAUGGUUAUAAAGAUAAAUUAGACUUACAAAUCUCGUACGUAGAUGAAGUAUUUCUUGCGAAGUGGCCUAGGUAGGAAUUAAUAGGACCGUAUAUACAUUCUUGAUAAAGGAUAUUCCCACUGUCACGUGCGCAUUGUAGUUAGUUUUCCGCUCAUAAAGGAAAGCUGUCUAACAUCGAUUUAUCGGUUCCUAUUUUAUUAUUCUUUCGUUUUUAAUGAUUAACGAGAGCACUUCAUUUCCAAUGAAAAUAUGUGUCAGCUUGGAGCCUAUUUUUAGCAAAUGUCAAUUUUGAAGGUCGCUUAAAAAGAGAAAUGUAGAUAAUGUUAUGAUAAAUGUCUUCCUAGGGAAAAAAUAAAUGGCCAAUGUAGAAGAAAAUUAUUUAGAUAAAU